GAGUCAACAGUUUGUCCUCAGAAGGAUGCUGAGAGCUCAACGAGCCCAAGCUGUGUCUCUCUUAAGAGCGCCACUUCCAUGUUUUUGCCAUUUGACUUCAGGGAAGGCAGGUUAAAAAGGGUGCAUUAACACUGAGCGCAAGGUCCUUGGCAAGGACAGUGGAUUUACAUGGCAUCCCAAUGCAAACUACAGGGGCAAGAGCAGCCACAGGGCCAACAGUGACAUCGAUACGAUGAGAGGAUUCCCCAAUCCGCUCUCUCUUCGUGGUACCGCUGCUUGACAACAUCACAGUGCCAUCAAUCAGCAUGCGUGAGAAACCCAGGGAAGAGCUUACAGGCUGUGCAUUAUCUAAAGAUCCACUAACAGAUUCAGCGAACUCUAUGUGUGGACACCUGUCAUGUGGGCAUUGUGGCACUUUGGUAUUGGAACAGGUUGAAUCACCAAAAGGUUCCUCCUGCUUGAAGUCUGGUGAGAAAUUAUCAAAAGACACAGAUAAAGACACAGGAAACAAUGUCAUUUUGGAAGCAAAGAGAAAUCUCCAAAAUGCAUUGAAAAAUAAAUUCACAUUAACAUCAGAAGGCAACGGUGAUCAACGCAAUCCCCUUAAAAGCAUCUACACAACACUGUUCAUCACCACAGGAGAGAAUGAUAUACAAAAUGAAGAACAUGAAUACAAACGGCUCAAACAUGCUCGGAGAGAACAACCUUCAUCUGAUUGUUUAGUCAAUCUUAAUGAGAUCUUCAAACUGAUGCCUGAACAACAGAAACCCCACAGAACAGUCCUUACAAAGGGAGUUGCUGGUAUUGGAAAAUCAUUUGCAGUCCAAAAGUUUAUCCUUGACUGGGCUGAAGGGGAAGCAAACCAAGAGACUGAUUUUAUUCUCUGCCUUGCCUUCAGAGAAUUGAACUUGAUUACAGGAGAAAAAAGCCUCCAUGAGCUGCUGACUGAGUCUCACCCAGAACUGCAACCAUUAAAAGAUCAUCAAGAAUAUGCCAAAGCAAAGGUUAUAGUGAUCCUCGAUGGUCUAGAUGAGAUCAAACACCAGCUGGACUUUGGUUCCUCAACCAAAGUUACCUCUCUAAAGGAUGUCACAUCUGUAGGUAACCUUCUUGUAAACCUCAUCAAGGGUAACCUCCUUCCUGAUGCAAACAUCUGGAUAACUUCCCGUCCAGCAGCAGCCAGUCAGAUCCCUGCAGAAUACAUUGACAUGGUGACAGAGAUAAGAGGAUUCACUGAUGCUCAGAAAGGUGAAUAUUUUCAAAGGAGAUUUAGGGAUAAUUCUGUUGCUAACAGAAUAACAUCAUAUAUUCAGUCGUCACAAAACCUUGACAACAUGUGCCAGAUCCCAGUAUUCUGUUGGAUUACCGCUGUCUUAUUUGAAGAAGUCUUUGGCAAAAAUGAAGAAACACAAGUUCCCCAAACUCUGACAGAGUUGAUGUCACAUUUUGUGUUUGCACAGACAAAACGUAGAAGCAGAAAAUAUGAUCAGAACCCAGAGAAAAACAGAGAGAAGCUCCUAAAGACUCAUAGAGAGUUCCUUCUGAAACUUGGAAAGCUUGCAUUUGUCCAGCUUUUAGAAAACAAACUCAUCUUCUACGAGGAAGACCUGGAAGACUGUGGCAUUGACGUUGCAGAAGCAUCGAUCUACUCCGGUUUAUGCAACACUGUUCUCCGGGAAGAGGAAGUCUUCUCCCAGAGAAAGGUCUUUUUCUUUGUCCAUCUUACUCUUCAAGAGUUCUUUGCCGCUCUACAUGUCUAUGAGUGUUUGAAAAACAAGAAAAACAAUGAACUUAAGGAUUUCCUUUCUAUAGAAGAAAAAGACCCAUCUGUACUUGAUUUAUUGAAGAUGACCGUUGUCAAAGUUCUGGAGAAGAGGAACGGCCACUUAGACUUUUUCCUGCGAUUUCUUCUUGGCCUAAUGGUUGAACCCAACCAGAUAUUCCUCCAGGGUCUGUUGACUCCACUUGACCAAUGGGAUGACAUUGACAAGAAAAUCCUAACUUACCUGAGAUCUAUUCGAAGAAAAACUCUCUCUCCAGACAGCUGUAUCAACAUCUUCCAGACCAUGAUUGAAAUGAGAGAUCACAGGGUCAAAGAUGAGAUUCAGGAAUAUCUUCAACUUUCUGACCAUUCAGACAUGGAACUGGCUCCUUUGCACUGCUCCGCUUUGGCCUACAUGCUUCAGGUGUCCAAGAAUGAUCUGGAAUUACUAGAUCUAAAGAGCUACAAAGCAUCAGAUGAUGGUAGAAGGAGAUUGAUACCAGCUGUGACGAGCAGCAAAAAAGCAGUGCUUGCAAAUUGCAAAGUUACGGCCCAUUGGAUGGAACACCUGGCCAAUGCUCUUAGCUUCUCCUACUCAGCUCUGCGUGAUCUCGACUUGAGCAACAAUGACCUGAGGGAUUCAGGAGUGGAGCAGCUUUGUCAUGGGCUCUCCAGUAAGUCCUGCAAACUGGAGAUACUAAGGCUGUCUGGUUGUUUGGUCACAGAAAAUGGCUGCAAACAUCUGGUUCUGGCCCUUCGGUCCAACCCCUCCCACCUGAUGGAGCUGGACCUGAGCUACAACCAUCCAGGAGAUUCUGGAGCUAAGCUGCUGUCUGAGCUGAAGGAUGAUCCACAGUACAAGCUCAGCAAGCUCAACCUUCACUAUGCUGGGACUCACAGAUUAAAGGCUGGCUUUAAAAAAUAUGCCUGUGAACUCACUUUUAGCUCUGAUGCAGCCCACCAGAACCUGGUUCUGUCUGAGGGAAACAGAAAGGUGACUUGGUUGGAGGAUGAUCCGCCUCAUCUUCAUCCCAUAGAACACUCUGAUCGUCGCCAACAGGUGCUUUGUAAUCAGGCGCUAACAGGGCGCCAUUACUGGGAGGUGGAGGUCUGUGGAACUUUAAGCAUUGGGGUCACACAUGAGGAUGCGUUAAAGAAAGGGAAGAUGGGGGAUUUCAGGAUGGGGCAUGAUAAGGAUUCCUGGUGUUUGGUUUGUUCCUAUGAUGGUUUCUAUGUUUUGCACCACAGCCACAGACUAGACGUGCCUUCCCUUGGAUGGCGCACCAGUCGGUUGGGGGUGUAUCUUGACUGGCCUAAUGGUACUUUGUCUUUCUACAGAGUUUCCUCUGACAGUUUGAUCCAUCUAUAUACUUUCAAAGGGGCUUUCAGUGAGCCUCUUUAUCCUGCAGUGGAACUUAACAUCCUGUCAUCCGCCGUAUUUUGUCAUCUAAAUUAAACUAAAUGGGCCACUUUACAUAUGCCUGUGUGUGUUCUCAAUUAUCAGGGCGAUCAUUUGAAAAAGAUUUGGUUUUUAAUUUAGAUGUUUACUAUUAUUUGAAACUGCUUCUCAGUGUUACUGCACCUUGAAUUGCUUUUAAUCUUAAUUUCGAAUUACAUACUUAGCCUAUAAGCCGGAAUGAAAUGUAUCAAUACUAAUGAAAAUUCAGUUUGACUUUUUUUUCUUUUCUUUUCUGAAAGACAACUUAAUUAUGCGUGGAGUUCAGUGGAGUUGGGUUUAUUGGUGGGAGGUGGGCUUGGUUUUUAGGUGUGCAGUGUCGGCAGUGGGGAUACAUAUUAAGGUAGCAGGUGGGUACAUGUUUUGGUUUGCUUUUAACAUUUUUCUGGUUUUUAAAGUAUUGCAAGUAGUUCAGUUUGGAUGUAAGUUGGCGCUCAUGCAGCUCUGUGGAAAACUAUUACAUUUAAAUUAAAUUGAAGCAUCUAGAACUGACUCCAGAGGGCCUAAAUGGUGACUUUGUUGAUGCAGUGGAGCUACAGGCAGCUCCUGAAUCAUCUGACAGUAUUUAAGAGUAAUUAUUUGAGAUCAGCAGAUGUAGAGGUUGUAUGUUUAACAUGUUUAACAUGUUUAACAGCAACCAGUUCAACAGAAGCUGCAAUAUCAUUUUUCAGAAUUUGGUAAUCUACAUCUAACAUGUUGCAAAAUGCAGCAAACAUCUCUCCUAUAUGAAAGCAUUAAUACACAAAAGCUGCAUGUUUGUCAGAUUAAAUCUAUAUUUCAACUUAAAGGAGUGCUUCCAUUUUCAUAUAUUAAGGUUAUUGCUUUUAGCUGUUAAAGAUUUUUGAGAAAAUGCUUGGUUCAGUUAGAUUUAAGUAUCUUGUUGGUUUCUGUGUGAUUUUUGCUUUACCUUUUGUUUUGUUUUUUUGUUGAAUUUAAUGGAUGAAGCCAUACAGCUAAGAAAAAAAAAACUCUCCAGAUAUUUAUCACUAAAUUUUAGAAAAACAAUUAAGGUCCAAGCAGCUGUUUUUUAAUUGUUUAGCACUGAAAAUGGCAGCUCUGGAUAUUUUGGGGAUUAUGAUCACAGUAUUUCUAUGCAACAUGCUUCUGUUAGUGCAAAUGAUGUCAUUUGAUCUGAAAUUCUCAUUAUGUGUUUUAUUGAUGUGAAGCGAAUUAGAGCAUUUGUACAUACGAGUCUCAUUAAAGAAAUUAUAAUUUACAUUGAAGCUCAUCUUACAACUUCUGCAGCAUUUCUUCUGACUGAUUGUUUUAUAAAGCAUCUAUGAAACAAACAAUUAUUUGCACAAAACAAAAUGGAGACUUAUUAACAUUAUUUUUAGUGAGUUUUUUUUUUUUAAUUAUAACAUUUGUGUCAUACAGCAUCUCUGUUUUACAUCUAACUUCAGGACUGUAUUGAAAAUUAACAAGUAGGGCAGAAAUCAGUCACAGAGGAUCAAAUGUUAUUUUUCUUUGUAUGGUUUGUUUUAUAAUGUAACAAGGUGCUUUUAACACAUUUUAAUGUGUUUUUUUGUGUUCAAAUGUGUUCAAAACCAACUGGUGUUAUUUUGUGAAAGAUAAUUGGUGCUACAUCUGAUCAAAUAAUGUCAACCAGUGUGUUUAACUCUGUGGUGCUUAAUAUUAAUGAGCGCUCCUGAAAUCAAUCGAACCUAAAGGGACGGUUGGGGGUCUUCUUUCAACACAUUUGACUCCGUAUCAUGCAUCUUCUCUGACUGCUGUCUGAGUGAUAAAAGGCAGCUUUACAGAG